UGCAGCGAAGGGAGGCUGGGCUGAACACUGAUCUGACCACAGGCAUGGAAGCAGCAGCUACUUUUUUUCUGUUUUGCCUCAUCUUCAAGCUUGGUUCAGCGACUCAAACAACCCUCAAAGCUGAACCUGGACAAUCCAUCACUCUGCCAUGCCAGGUUCCUGACAACAGCCAUGUCGACGUGGUCGAGUGGAGCAGAGCUAAUUGGACAUCAGAAUACGUUCUUCUGUACAGAGACGACCAGCUCGAUCCAGACUACCAGCUGAAAUCUUUUAGGAACCGAGUGGAUCUGGCUGUCAAACCAGUAAAAGAUGGAAACGUGUCUUUGGUCCUGCGUAAUGUGACGAAUGAUGAUGGAGGAACGUAUGAAUGCAGAGUUUUCCCGGAAAAAGCAAACAAACGGAGGAGAGCCGUUUUAAGUACUGAGCCAAUCAGCGUCGUCAAGCUGGACGUUGUUCCUCCUGAUGGAAGCUGCCAACGACACGGUGGACUGAUAGGCGUGGCUGUCUUCGCUGCAAUUGUCGCUGUAGUUGUUGGUAGGCUGUAGCAGCCGCUGGUCCUAAGGGGAGUUUCUCUGUCAGAGCGACUCAUUGUGCAUGCAGUGUUUGUUUGUUUUGCUUAGUUGUUUUCUUUAUUUUCAUUUACUUUUCUCUGGAUGUCAUCUUUAAGAGUAAUUGGUCUGGCCUUCCAUUUGCUCAUGAUCAUUUUUACAGCAUGCAUCUAUAUUGAUCAAGCUUUAAUCAAACAAUGUCCUUCAUUUAAAUGCACUAAGUUUCCACCUCUGGUCACAGGAAGCUUUAAAUUCAUGUGACUGUGUUCAGAAAUCCCAGAAGCUGUACCUUAAUGAACUGUUGGCCUUGCAGUAGAAUUUUUAUUUUGUUACUGGGAACUAAUUAAAUGAUAAUAUUCAAGGAUUAUUUAGUAAAGAAGAAAAAGUGACAAUCAUGAAACAGGGUCUAAUGUCACUCUUAAAACAGGUGAUUAAAUCUAUGCUAAGCUGCAAAAGAAGAUUUUUUUUUAGAGAUAAGUGAAAACCAAAGUAGCUUUUAUGCCCAAACUUUCUAUUAGCUUCAGCAUUAGAUUAGUGUUGGAUUUAAUUAUUGACAUUGACGAUUUUUCCUCGACUUUCAUAAGACAUUUGACACAUUUAUGCAUUCUUUUAUUAUACAAUACAAAUUUUAGGCUUUGGAGAAUCACUUUUACAGUGCUUUAUAAAGAUAUAAGCAGCUAGAUUAUUUUCAUACUAUACAUUCCAAACUACACAAUUUAACCAUUUUUGAUAGAGAAAUUAUUUGUUUCUCAGAGAAUAAAAGAAGCAGAUUUUCAGAAGACGAAAACUAAAUGUUGAUAAAGGGAAAAGUUAUGUUUUAUGUUGAAGCUUAUGAGCGUUUUAUGUUCAAUUUUCCUGUCAAGCCAAGUCUUAAACACUCAGGAAUUCACAUAACCAAAGCUGUAAAGCUUAAACAACAGUUAAAUAUACACGCACAUUUCUAAUAUGUGCGUGAAGAGGGAUCUAACCAUGUUUGACGGUGUUCUUGUCAAAAGCUGAAGGUGUAUUAAGAUUGUGUUAGCCAGCUUUCUCUACAAUAAUGUAAACAAAUGAACUGCCACGGCCUUAAAAAAAAAAGCAGUCUAGAAAGAAAAUGCGGGUGAAUUAGAAUGUUUGAAUGUUUGUUUAUAUAUAUGUAUGUAGGUAUGUAUGUAUGUAUGUGUUUGUAUAUCUAUGUAUAUGUGUGUGUGUAUUAGUUCUCUAUCCAUUCCAUAUAUAGCCAUUCCCCCAGGCGUAGUUGAGUCAGUGAAAGCAGCACUUUUAAGUAUCAAAAGUUUUAAUCUUCACAUAACAUUCCUGAGCAAGACCCAUAACCCCAGAUUACUACCCAGGUGCCAUACAGUAGAAGCCCACUGUGCCCUAAGGGGAUGGGUUAAAUACAGAGAACAAACUUCAUUGGAAUGCAUGUUACAAUGACAAUAAAUAUUAUUAUUAUUAUUAUUAAUAUUAACUUCUCUGAAAAUUGGAGGGAUUGAUAUAACGGACAGUAAAUGCUCAAAUCUGCACAUAAGGAAAAAGGGUACAAAGAUCAAAUCAACAAAAGGAAGGUUAUUAUGGAAAGCACAAUAUAGAUUGUACUAUUUCAGUACUGUAUUUCAACUAAACUAAGGAAGCCUCAAAACGUUGCACUAUAUUUAUUUUCGUAACAAAACAGUUUUAGUGUUCAGAAACCUAAAUGAAAAAUGCUCUUUAAGUCAGGCUGAGCCAGAGAUUCUAAUAUAUUUAUGUUCUUCUGGGUUUUGGAGGGACAAGGAGAACUUUUUGUACAAAGAAACUAAAUGCACUUUCAAAACCAGGCCUAAAGAUAUAGUCAAGUUUGAAUGUAGCGAGGAAACUUUAAGCUUUAUAUUCUGUUUUACAUACAUAAAUCAAUGUUUUGUGAGUCCCUCCCAAACAUCUAAAUACUUGAAUGUUAACUAAUAGGCAUAAUGCACACUGCUACAUCUCAAAAACUUGUUUAAGGACUCUAAAUGAACGGACUCACAAGGUGCCUUAUUGAUUGUAUAAUUUGUUUUUUAAAUUCCCUUUUUUUUUUAGAAUAUUAGUUUGUCUAAAUGUCCUGAUGUGUGUUCAAGAAGGCCAAAUAAAAUGUCUUUUAAACAAACUUGCAUUUUUGUGUCUUUCUGAGCACUCGCUUCAACCUGAAUACACUUCGACAAGGAUUCAACAUAAACUUGGGAUUCAAUCGGGGGAAGACUGAAUGAGAAAACUGCAACAAACCUAACUGUGAGCUGAGAACACCACUGAUGAUGGCGGUCUUUUGGACCUCUCUGAUUGCCAAGAAAGUUUUCCCAGGUCUUUGUUGUCCUCCUUUAUGUCCCAGGUCUGGAUUUUAACCUUGCUGCUGAACAUGUCAGUAUUCUCAUUGGGACGUUUUGCCAAAACUGGUGAACCAUUUGUGGGGCAAUUAGGUCUGAAAUAAAGGAGCAGCUCUAACACUUACCUGUAAAAGCUGCUUUGAUUUUACUCACUGAAAUUUGGUUUAUGAACACGGGGAUGAGCCACAUUUAACUGCAUGCUAACUAGUGGCGUGAAGAGCAAUAGGAGCAUCCACCAUGCUGUUUCAACAUUUCCAUAACUUGUUCAAGUACACAAACAGUCAGUGUGCACAAAGCUGGAUCUGGUCGCACAACGAAACAAAAAUUCACUUCAUAGAAACUGUUGCUGUAGACGUUUCAGUGAAACUCAAACGGGUGAAUGAGCUCAGGAGAGACGGGACUGUACAGCUUUCCUACCUGCUGGGCUUUACACACAAGCAUGUGCUUCCAUUCCUGAUUUAAAAACUUCCAAAGAACAAGACAUUAGCUCUUAUCCCAAAAAGCUGGAACUUUCUCCCUCCAGACGCCCGUAAUACCGACAACUGUACCAAAUCAGGUCUAAACUCAAAACCCAUCUGUCCAAAAGUGCAUACUCUCCAUGAUUGAUGGUUCGUUGUAACUUUUAUUGUUUUAUCUCUAUUUUUCUGCUUGUUCUGUACAGUGUUCUGUUUAAAUAAAAUGUAUUAAUAUUGUCUUACUCAAAGUGUUAUGAAAAAGAAGCGUUCUUGUCAAGAAAUUAGACACUUUCCAGUGAAGACCUCAUAAACCCAUAGUCCUCCUACUGCAGCAUUUAAAAGUUGUUGGACAUGAAACAUCAGAGAAGUUCUGCUCAGGUAAAGUGUGGAAAUAGACAGAAUGAAGUCAUUUUCAUCUCAGAGCUGUAGGAGGGAGACUCUGUUGUUCAAUUCAUUAAGAUGUUAAUAGAUUGCAACAGUGCUGCAUACAAAACAAGAAACUUACAGCUCAAAUGGAAGGAGAA